AUGAGUGUCAAUAGCUUAUUACCGCCCAGUUAUGAUCGGAAUCCGCCCCCACCCGCCCAUGCAUUCAACAAGGACACCGCCCCGCCCGCCACGUCCCAGGGGCUGCCGUCGAGCGAGAGCCACACCUUAGGCAAUGCUUUGAAGAAUGUCAUUCUGCAAAAUCCGGCCGUGACCUUCUGCGGUUACUCCAUUCCUCAUCCCGCUGAAGAUCAGAUGUUUCUCCGAAUCCAAACUGUGGACGAUGUGCCGGCUCAAGAUGUGUUGAAAAAAGGUUUGCAAGAUCUCAAGAUCAUUUGCGGCAUGACGCGUCAGACCUUUAAUCAAGAGAUGAAGAAGUUUGAAGCCAAAUCUCAACGAUAA